UUUUUUCUUGGUCAUAUCAUUUUUUUAAUGUACGUAUUUAUUACAGAACUUUUAUAUAACUAAAUUUCUAAACUACACAUCCCAGAAUCCUUCGCGACCCAUGCGAGUUGACCGAGCCAAAUAAAUCAAGCUAGUAAUUUAGUCCCCACGUAUAUAAUAUUAAACCAUAUAAUUGUAUUAUAAAAUGCAAGAAAUUUUGUAUAAAUUGUAUAUUUAUGCGUUAACUAAAAAAAACAACAUUUCAAGCAAAAUUAAAUCGUGUUGAUGGGAGAUGUAGUUUUCUUGCUAGAAAACUACACGUUUCCGUGGUAACGAGUCGCUAACAGAGUCCAGCCGCGUGUGAGCGAGGAGCAGGUGGAAAAGGUGUUUAAUUCUUGUUUUGUUUUUUGUAAUAAUUUGCGCCAUGAGUCACCUUUUAGGAGCUCAGGACUGCGUGGAGAGUCUGCGCAGAGAUGUGAUCGAUCUUCAGGGAGCGCUGGUGGAGGUGUUCUCCCGAACCGGACCGGUCCGUUUCCGGUCCUGGAAGUUCCCGGAUAAAGAGUCGUGUGAUCUGGACCUGGUGCAGCUGCUGGAGCAGUAUGACUACAUGGAGGGAGAGCAGGAGUUCAACCAGCUCUCACACAUCGUUCUCCUGGAACUGGUGAUUGACAGACUGUUGCUCCUGCUGCAGAGCUUUAACGCCUACACCGAGCAGAUGUUAGGAGGACCGAGAGCCGGAGAUCGUGGGAAUGGCGGUGGGUCGGUGUGUGUGGGUCCGGUGGUGAAACGCUACUGGAAGAAUUUGAUCCACUUCAGCAGGCAGCAGAGAACGAGCAGCGCUCCUCCGAUCUCCUCCUCGAGCUGGACACAUCCUCGGAUCUCCAGCUUUACAUCCCAGACCUCGGCUCCGUCCUCACCCCUGUCUCGCAGCCUGCACACGUCCCCUACGCCCUCGGCGAGGAGUCGCGACGUGAGCAGUCAGACGGUGGAGUCGUCCCUGGUGCCGUGUGACGCCUGCGCAGGGGUCCAGGCCUCACUGCAGACCAGCGCUCACGCCGUGGCGUCUCUGUGCAGGGCUCUGGGCCUCUCCUGCUCGCUGUGGGGCCUCCUGCAGGCCGUGGAGGAAACCCUGCAGAUCGGACGCCUCUCCGCGUGUGACCUGGCUCUGUGGGCUCGCGAGCAGCAGGACGAUUUGGGACGCAUCCAGAAACACGUCGCUCAGGUUCAGGAGAAGGUGGAGUCCCUCACACACUCCCUGGAGAAGGCUGAGAAGGAGAGAGACAAGCUGAGAGCACAGCUGGAGAAAGAGAAGGAGAUGAGAAAGAGAGAGAGACAGGAUAGAGACAAGCUGAGAGCACAGCUGGAGAGAGAGAAAGAGACGAGCGAGAGAGAGAGACAGGACAGGAGGAGGAGGGAGGAAGAGAUGGAGAGAACGCAGCAGGAGGAGAAGAACAGACGAGACGAGGAGCUGAGGACGCUGCAGGAGGACAUGAGACGAGGAGCUGCGGCUUUAGAAGAGAAAAUCUGCGGACUGGAAGCGGAGCUGCAGCUGCAGAGAGAAACACAGCAGUGUCUCGAGCGUGAGAGAGAUUCCCUGGUGAAUGAAGUGCACAGGUUUUGUCUGGAGGAAGAGAGAUGGAAGGAGACAGAGGAGAAGAAGAGAAAUCUGGAGACAGAACUCAGAGACACACAGAAACAUCUGGAUAAAGAGAGCGCUAAAUAUCACAGCACUCAGCGCCAGCAUGAGGCGAUGGUGGUAAAGCAGCGCGCCCUGUUGGAGCGUGUAGACGUGUUGGCGCAGCAGUGUGAGGAACUUCAGUCUCGUCUGGACGAGUGCUGACUUCCUGGCUCUGAAUGAGGACAGACAGAAGCAGUGUGUGAGACUUCAGGAGCUGGAGGUGUGUGUCCCGGCUGACUGAGGACUUACAGCAGGCUGAGGAGAGAGAGAGAAUCCUGGUGGCUUUUCCU